AUAAUUCUCCUCUUUUUUUCUACCUAUUAACAUAGAAAUUAUAAAUAUAUAGUUCCCAAAUUAAGAAACAAAAUCUAUCUACAAAUUAAACUAGUUGCAUGCUGUUUCCACAAAGCUUAGCUUGCUUUCCUCCCCAAUUAUGCCUCGCCGAGUGCUUCAAGGGGAAACCUCUAAUGAGCACAAACAUGAAACAAUAUUUUUUAUCCUUGGAGGAAUAGUAGUGAUUACAAUAUUAGUGAUUCUUUGGAUUGUAUUUUGGAAGCGUGCCAAAAGAUCCUCGAAAUUAUUGGAAAAGAAAGUGACAACUGAAGGUGAACCUGUAGAGGCGAUGAAAGUGGUAUUUUCAUCCACACAACAACAGCCAUCAGGGUCCAUGGAGUUGUUUAGUGCUAGCCUUCGGUCCACUAGCUACUUUAAUUACCACAUAUUGAAGAAAGCAACCAAUAACUUUUUUCAUGCUAAUCUUCUUGGAACUGGUGGAUUUGGGCCUGUUUAUCAGGGAAAGUUGGAAGAUGGAAGGAUGAUUGUUGUUAAGACAUUGUCUCUUAACAAAUCCCAUCAAGGUGAAAAAGAAUUUUUGGCAGAGGUGAAAUUGAUCACUAGUGUCCAACACAAAAAUUUGGUUCGUCUUCUUGGAUGUUGCAUAGAUGGACCUCAAAGGAUACUAGUUUAUGAAUAUAUAAAGAACAAAAGUUUGGACCUCUUCAUAUAUGGAAACAGUGAUCAAUUUAUAAAUUGGAGAACUAGGUUCCAAAUUAUACUUGGAGUAGCAAGGGGGCUACAAUACCUUCAUGAAGAUUCACACUUAAGAAUUGUUCAUGGAGAUAUCAAAGCAAGCAACAUUCUUCUUGAUGACAAGUUUUUACCAAGGAUUGGAGACUUUGGGCUAGCCAGGUUUUUCCCUGGAGAUCAAGCUUAUCAUCUUAGCACACAAUUUGCAGGAACAUUAGGCUAUACAGCUCCUGAAUAUGCUAUUAGAGGAGAAUUGUCAGAAAAAACUGAUAUAUAUAGUUUUGGAGUUCUCCUUCUUGAAAUUAUUUCUAGUAAGAAAAACACAGAUCAUACUUUACCAUCAGAUAUGCAAUACCUGCCUGAAUAUGCAUGGAAACUAUACGAGAAAUCAAGUUUAUUGGAUCUUGUUGAUCCAAAGCUUAGAGAAGAUGGAUUUGUAGAAAAGGAUGUUAUGCAAACAACCCAUGUGGCUCUCUUAUGCCUUCAACCUCAUGCACAUUUGAGACCACCCAUGUCAGAGAUUGUGGCAUUGUUGACAUUCAAAAUUGAAAUGGUUACAACACCAAUGAGACCGGCUUUCCUCGACCGGAGACGAAGAAAGGAUGAAGAUAACCAUUCUUUUGAAGCAUCUUUGCCAAGCCAUUGAUAUAUAGAACUUAUGUUAGAUAAAGGUUCAUGUUCUCAAAGAAGAGAAAGUGAGAAAUUAAAGACUACAAGAAAGAAUAUAUUUCAUUUUCUUCUAGUUUGUAUAUAUACAUAUGGUGUAUGAGCUCAUAAAACUAUUGAUAAAAUUAUGCUCACUUAUUAAUGGUGAAAA